AUGCAGCACUGUUCUGUCAGUCUGCUAAUAAAGCAAGGCUUUCCAUUCAGCAGUCUUGAUCUGGAAAUUCAUAUAAAGGUCAUGUGGCUUUUUUUACCCUGUUCUUUCCUUGGACUGAGGUUGGGAAGCUGUGCAGGUGCAACUACUUCUUGGGUCGCUCUGGUCAGUGAUUUUGAGCAGGCUGGUAUUUUCUUGGUAGGUGACCUUGAUGCGGGGAGGUGAUGUAAUCUCUCAGCAGCCCUUAGUGUUGAUAAGCACAUUCCAUGUCUCAGUUGUGUUUUGGCAAAACAUGUUGUGGACAUUUAAUAUUUGUGCUCUUGCUGGUCUAUAUAGGCAUCCCAAAAAUAGGGGGGGGGGGGGAAUUAUUAACUCUUGGUUUACACAGAAAAAAGAACUUGUACUGCAACAAUUAGUGACUAUUCUUUGUAGUACACUGGCAUUUUGUGUUUAGAGAAGCAAAUAUCAGUUUAGCUACAGUCUGGAUUAGGUUGCCUGAUUUAAAAAAACGGGGCUUGAGGGAUUUGCUUUUUUAGUCCUUGGGGGAGACGGCUGAAAUCUGAGGACAGGUGACCUCACCUAGGCCCGAAGUCACCCCCCACCAAAGCAGGCCUGAGAAACUGAAUCUUAUCUCAUUCUAGUUGCAACAUCUCUGGACAUGCUGAACCACUCUCAUUCCCCUUUUCCUGGGAAGGGCGCCAAGAGUCCAAUAGUCACAAGACAGCUUUCUGUUCAUGCUCAGAGGAACUCAUGGGGCAGGACUCUGGAAGGAGGAGAAAGGGGGAGGGAUCUGGAAUGGGUAUAUAUGCUUGUGCACAUGAUUGUGAACUCGUGCAUGCUUUUUGUGAUUUAUCACACUUGCUCCUUCUACCAGUUUGUGGAUGGUAGAAAUAAAAGCCUUUUCUCUGAAACUAUUCCUUGAGUGUCUGUUGACUCCCACUUCCCUUUCCCAGGCGCAAUAUUUUUCCCACCCGAGGGCAAAGCCUCAUAAGGCUACAUUUCUUGGUGCGAUUGGCCGGGAAAAACAGAUUCCCUGAGGAUAAGGGAUGUGGGUUCAAGGCAUCCCUGUGGUGAACAGCUCGGUUCGUUUCAGCAGUUCCAGUGCACAUCCUGCCAAGUUCGUGGGAGGAAUUGCCACCCGUUCCUGAGUGGACACACUGCAAGGACCGGAGAAAAAGCAACAGCCGUGCAGAAAAAAGGUACCUCGAGGAAAAAGGUAAGCUCCACAUGGUUAGGUGGGAGCAAAGAGAGUCUGAUCAGCUCCGCCAGCAGGGUAGAAAAAGUGCCACUGGUUUUGGUGUCGCCCAGAAAAAGCAGUAAAGGGUGCUGCUGGGCCCCGGUCGAAGUCUAAGCACUGCCGGUUGGUUGUUGGUUUUGUGCCCAGAAGAAGCAGUAAAAGUUGCUCUUGGCCCCCGGUCGAAGUCUAAGCGCUGCCGGUUGUGGUUGGUUUUGGUAAAAAAGGGAUUGAGGGAGGUGCAUGGGUUUCUGAAUGUGCGUGUGGGGACACUCCAGUGAAUGUUUUGAAUGCAUGAGACGUUGGAAGCAACGUGUGGUCUGUGACUGAGAGAAAUUACGUUAGGAGGAGGGAGUGUCCCAGGGUCCCAGUAUCCCAAGUGUUCCAGGGUUCCAGGGUCAUGGAGAAAAAGCAGUAAAACAACUCCCACGACCCCCCUGCAAUUGUUUCCGGGGGGGGGGGGAAUUGGAAAGAUGCCACAAAGGGAGAAGAUUGGGGAUUUUAAAAAAACCUGAUGAAAAAAUAGACUCCAACACUUAUGUGUAGUUCCUGACCGUCCCCCAUGGCUUAGGAAAAGCAGAACUGUGAUUACCCGUGCUGUGCCAAACUGUGUUCAGUAUGGCAGCAAGUACAAGUUAGAAAAAAAGCCAGCAGUUUUGCCAGUCCCAGAAGAACAGGAGGAAGGAAUAAUUAGCCCCCUCCACCCUAUGCAGCAACUGCACCAGGGCUAAAUGAGGUUCCCCCUACCCAACCCCCAAAGCAAAGAGACUGAGGAAGAAAGAGAAGAGGACAGUUGAGAAUGGUGAAAUUCAGAAGGAAUCAGGGGAAAUGGACAAGCAGACAGUCCAAAAGAGUAUUUCAGUAUGUGAAUUGGCAGAAAGAAAAGAGCAGAAGAUUUUAAAGAGCCGCGUGAGAUAGAGCCAGUAAGCAAUCCAAAAGAGGAUGUGGCUUCUUGGUUCUAGAAGCAGCACAAUGCAAGGAUGUGAAUUGGCAGACAGAAAGAAACAGAAGGGAAGGCUUUGAGAGCCACAUAGGACAGAACUGUUAAAAAAAGAGAGAGACAAUUAAAAAACCCAAGGGAUUAAAAACCCUAGGAUUACAAUACUGACCAUUGAGGAAAUCCGCAAGAUAAAUGCCCUCAGGGCAGCGGACAAUACUGAUGUUGCAAUUGAGGCAGCUAAUAGUUGCAAUUGAGGCAGCUAAAACUCCACUUUGAUGGCCCCACCCCACCGAGUGUACGACCCCCUGGAGUCAUCCGAUGCCCAGGACCACAGACCUCCAAACACCCUUAAUCAGAAUCCUUCUUUCGAAGAGGACCUGGCCAAAAUAAUUAGGGGUUUGUCUUCAAGCAGCCAGCAGCCAAAAAUGCAAACCCCGGAGGGUGUCCAAGGGGAGGGGCAGAAGACGCCUAGGGAAGAAACCACUGCGCCAUCUGCAGGCAAGAGGGUCACUGGAAAAUGGAACGCCCGACACACCCCAGCCCCACAGGCUGGGAACAAUAAGAUUUCUCAAAAAUGAUUUCUUCUCAUCUCUGUUCUUGCUGAAAGACUGUUGCAGCUAGAAGCGAGUGAACUAACUGUUUCUAACAUUCAUUCAUGCAAGUAACAGGACAUCAGCUUUUUUUCCUUGUGCCAGGUGCUUGGAGUAGCUUAUCUCUUGGCAGCUAUCUCAGAAGGUCACUGCUGCAUUCAGCCAGCUACUCUGACCUGCUACUGCCUGAAGCCAAUUAGGAUUUACAGUCAAACGAAAAAACCCAGAAUGCCAAGGGUUACUCACCCUCUGCCCCAAAGUACUAACCUGAAGAAAUGACUUUCUUAAAAGCAAGUGAAUGCUUUCUGUGAACUUUGUCAAAAAAAAAUUCUUUUUAGGAGCUACUGAAGAAGCGCAGCAUGCUCAGAUAAAAAACGCUGCUCCUAUAGGAAUUUUGAAACUUUGAAACUUUGGAAGUUUGCCAGUGCACGGGAACACUGUGCCCCUCCUGCUUAACACUGACAAAAACUUGGCACAUGAACUGCAAUUUGCAACAUGGCUUUGCAGGCCGCAAAAGCUCUGAAAAAAAAUAGAGCACAGGAAGACUUUUAAAAAUCUUGGCUGGCAAACUUAACCCAAGGAACAGAACUGUUAACCCCUUGCGAAGUUUCCUGCCAAGCAUCUCCUUUGAGUUAAUAUACCUUAUGUGCAAAUGUUAUCUAUCAAUUUGUUCUGUGCAAUCGCUGCCGUCUUUGUUAUCUCUUCUCUUAACAGGUGGACUUUUGCCAGGAUACCUCUGCAUCCCUAUGA